UUUCUGGGCUAUAAAAAGAACAAGUCAACUGCCUAAUGUUCUUAUAACAAAUUGCAAAAACAUAUAAGUAUUCAAGAGUUUUCAACUCAGGAGCAAGUACCCCUCAAAAAUUAAAAAUCAGAGCAGUGGUUCUCUAACUCAGCUGUUUAUCAGAAUCACCAGAGGGGCUUUAAAAAAUCUCAAAUGUCCAUGCCACUCCCCAGACCAAUUAAAUCAGAACUCCUGGGGAUGGAUGCAGGCACUGACAUUAAAGUCUCUGGGUUACCCCAAAUUUGAGAAGCACUAAUGCAGUGCACGCUUUGUACACACAUGCUCCUCCUCAACCCCGAAUGGACAGCAGAAUCACCAGAGAAGCUUUUAAAUACUACUGUCCUCUCCAACACCCCAAGGCAGACUGUUAUUUUUAAUGGAAAAAACGUUGGUGUUUUUUUAAACUCCCACAUGACUUUUAUGUUAGCCAGAAUUGGAAAGGACCACAUCACACUAAGACAGUACACAUUUGGCUCUAAUUAAGCAACCAUCACAGACCCAAAACCUCUCCCAAUGAAUCAUUUCUCUGCCAGUAAAGAACACCUAUACUGGGGAGAGGGGAAUUCCACUAAAACUAAACAAUAUUUAGGUUGAAAGCUGGGCUUUCUUACUUUAAGUGUAAUAACUUUAACUUUUUAUUUUAAUGUCUUUAUUCCUGUUUCAGCUUUGUUAGUUUUUUGAACUAGAGCUGAAUGGGAUGAGAAAAUAGAAAUGAUCUUAUGUGCCGGAUGACCAUUCAAUGUUUCUGUGACUCAGUAGAAAGUCCUAACAACGGUGGUUACAUUGGACACUGUAUGAUAGAGGAACAAAGUCUGAAAAAGUUUGGCCCAGAAAUAAAAAAGAAUUGUGUUCACGGAUACAAUUCAGGAAUGGUUCUAGAACUGAACUCAAGGGUCAUAAAGAGACUCAAUCCCACCAAUCCUGUAACAAGUCUCCCCUGAGCCCUUACGUCCUCACUCUUAACGAUUUUCUCAUGGGAAACAUAACCAAGAGAGGCAGCAGGGGACUGGAGGGGGACGGUGCUCUGUCCCUGGUGGAAGGCCCACGCACAGAGCUGCACACUGAGCUCUACGCAGCCAUCAUGAGGGAAGACUGCACCGUGAUCCAGGUGCUCCUGAGCAGCCACCCCAUCAACCAGCCUGUGACUGUUCUAGCCAACUCCACCAGCCACAGAUUCCUAUCGACCCAGACACAGCCCAUCAUGCCCAUUCAUCUGGCUGCCAAAUACUGCAAGGCACAAAGCCUGCUUUGUUUAUUAGAACAUGGUGCUGACCCAGAAAUAAGGGACUCAAGGGGCUUUACCACCCUUCACCUGAUGCUACUGCACUGGCCCAUCACUUCUACCAUGUGGACAAAGCUGGGGAACAGAACCCAAAGGACUCUGACAGACACUCAGAAAGACGCGGUCAGGUGCCUCCUCAUUUUGUGUGAGCAUGGAGCUCACGUGAACGCUCGGGUGGACGACAGUAACGAAUAUUCGCCCCUCCACCUGGCCGUAGCACAUGGGAUCUCUCCGGUGCUCUCCAUUCUAGCCCAGAAGGGUGCCCAGGUCAAUGCUACAAAUGAAUCCAGCAUGACUCCCCUCCACAUGGCUGCAGAGCUACUGAACCAGGAGAUGACGGAAAUGCUAAUUGCCUGCGGAGCAAACGUUAACUGUGCUGUCUCUUGUACAGGGAGCACGGCCCUGAAGCUGGCGGUGUGCACCGCAUCCAGCAAAGCAGGCCGACUGCUGGCAGCGGGGGUGAGCUGCAUCCGUUCGCUGCUGACUCACGGAGCCACAGUAAAUGCCCAGGACCAUGAAGGUCAAACAGCUAUCCACGAGGCUUGUUUUGGAGGCAGAGAGGCAAUAAUAAAUCUCCUGCUCGAAUAUGAAGCAAAUGUUAACAUAUUAACAAGAAAUGGGGAAUCUCCGAUAUAUAUGUACCUCCAGCACAGUUCCAAUUUAAGAGACAGGGUACUUCUUACCAAGCUACUCUAUUGCUCUUAUCCUCUGAGGCUGACCAAUAACCAAGGGGCUCUACCUGCAGGAAUCAUGCUACCAGAAUUCCACCUGUUAAGGGAAACCCUCAUAAAGUUAUCUCAAAAACCAUUAUCCCUAGAGGAUAUCUGUAAAAGAGUCAUCAGAAAUAUUUAUGGUGAGAAACACAAACAUCACUUGAAGCAACUUCUCCCAGUGAAGAUGUGGAAUUCCAUAUACAGUCAUGACUCAGCUUACCUCCUGAAAUAGAUCUCCAAACUCCACAGGCCAGAGAAUUUCACACACUCAAAUCACAUUUUUUUGGCUAGACACAUACCCAGAAAAUAUUUAACUCAUCAUCUUCUACAUCCCAAAUGAACAAAUUACUGGUUCUUAAACUUCUGUCAAAAAAUAAAAUGACUUGCACAUUAA